AUGCACAUCCUACUUGCCCUGGCCUGUCGAUAUAAACUACACAUUGCCCAACUGGAUGUGAGCAUGGCAUUCCUAAAUGGAAAGAUUGACAAAGAGGUUCAUGUAUGGAUCCCACCCACAUUUGAGACUCCCAAGAACAAUGGAAAGUGCUACCACCUCAAGAAAGCACUAUAUGGACUCAAGCAAGCAGGUCAUCUCUGGCACACAGCACUUGACAAGCAGCUGAGAGCAUUUGGCUUCAAGUGCUGCCAUGCAGAACCAUGUGUAUACAUGCAAGGGAUCAAGGAUGCCAUGAUAAUACUGGCAGUAUACAUGGAUGACUUACUCAUUAUUGGAGCAACAUCAUCUCAUGUCAAAUCAGUCAGGCAACAACUGUCUAGUGUCUUCAGCAUCAUGGACCAAGGAAAUGUCUCUCACAUCAUUGGGAUGAAUGUCAAGUAUGAUUGUGAAGCACAGACACUCUCAAUAGACCAAAGCAGGUAUAUUGAAGGGACUCUGGAGAAAUUUGGUAUGAGCAAUGCUUGGACUGUACAAUCACCUGCCAUAGAAGCAAUCAAUGCAAUGGGCCCACGACAAGGGGAUAUGGCAAAUGCAGAGGAGCUAUGA